CCGGCCUGCGGGCGUGGACAGCGCGCUGCCCCGGGAGCGCGGGCGGCAGGGCGCGCGCAGGGGGCGGCGGAGGCGCGAGGCGCGCGGGCGACCGGCGGGCGGGCAGCAGGCGGGCCUGCGCCGGCUGUAGGCGGCCGGCCCGUGGACUUAGUCCCUGCUCCGUCCGGCCCGCCUCCCUCCGUGCAAAAAAAAAAUUGUACACCAAGAAGCCAUGGAGAAGAGAAGUGUGGAUGAGACAGAAAAUGGAGAUGUGUUCCUUGACCUAAAGAAAUCCCCCCAUCGCUAUACAAAGGAGGAGCUCUUGGAUAUAAAAGAACGUCCCUACUCCAAACAGAGGCCGUCAUGCCUCUCUGAAAAAUAUGACAGUGAUGGUGUCUGGGACCCUGAGAAGUGGCAUGCCUCUCUCUACCCUGCUUCAGGGAGGAGCUCACCAGUGGAAAGUCUGAAGAAAGAGCCAGAAUCAGACCGUCCUUCCCUGGUGCGCAGAAUAGCAGAUCCACGAGAGCGUGUGAAAGAAGAUGACUUAGAUGUUGUUCUCAGCCCACAGAGACGAAGCUUUGGAGGUGGCUGCCAUGUGACAGCUGCUGUUAGCUCCCGUCGCUCUGGAAGUCCCUUGGAGAAAGACAGUGAUGGACUUCGCUUGCUUGGUGGACGAAGAAUUGGCAGUGGGAGGAUAAUCUCUGCCCGGGCUUUUGAGAAGGACCACCGUCUCAGUGAGAAGGACCUACGGGACUUGAGAGACAGAGACAGAGAGAGGGACUACAAGGACAAGCGUUUCAGGAGGGAGUUUGGAGAUAGUAAACGUGUCUUUGGUGAGCGUAGAAGAAAUGAUUCGUACACUGAGGAAGAACCAGAAUGGUUUUCGGCUGGACCCACAAGUCAGUCUGAAACCAUUGAACUGACUGGCUUCGAUGAUAAGAUACUAGAGGAAGAUCAUAAAGGGAGAAAAAGAACAAGGCGACGGACUGCCUCUGUGAAGGAAGGCAUAGUGGAAUGUAAUGGAGGGGUUGCUGAAGAGGACGAGGUUGAAGUCAUCCUGGCCCAGGAGCCCUCUGCUGAUCAGGAAGUCCCAAGGGAUGUUGUCCUACCUGAGCAGUCCCCAGGAGAAUUUGACUUUAAUGAGUUCUUUAACCUUGACAAGGUGCCAUGCUUGGCUUCGAUGAUAGAAGAUGUUCUGGGAGAAGGGUCAGUCUCUGCCAGCCGCUUCAGUAGAUGGUUCUCUAACCCAAGCCGGUCAGGGAGCAGAUCUAGUAGCCUUGGAUCUACACCACAUGAAGAGCUUGAGAGACUCGCAGGUCUGGAACAAGCCGUCCUCUCUCCUGGACAGAACUCGGGGAAUUAUUUUGCUCCUAUUCCAUCGGAAGACCAUGCUGAAAAUAAAGUGGACAUCUUAGAAAUGCUGCAGAAAGCCAAAGUGGAUUUAAAACCUCUUCUCUCUAGCCUUUCUGCAAACAAAGAAAAGCUUAAGGAGAGCUCACAUUCAGGGGUUGUACUUUCAGUGGAAGAGGUAGAAGCAGGGCUCAAAGGCUUGAAGGUGGACCAGCAAAUGAAGAAUUCAACUCCCUUCAUGGCGGAACAUUUAGAAGAGACACUGAGUGCUGUAACUAGCAAUCGACAGCUCAAGAAAGAUGGAGAUAUGACUGCAUUCAACAAACUAGUGAGCACCAUGAAGGCAAGUGGGACUUUGCCUACUCAGCCCAAAGUCAGUCGAAACCUUGAAAGUCACUUGUUGGCUCCGGCUGAAAUUCCAGGCCAGCCUGUCCCUAAAAACAUCCUACAGGAACUCCUUGGUCAACCGGUUCAGAGACCUGCUUCUUCCAAUCUUCUCAGUGGCCUUAUGGGGAGCUUGGAACCUACUGCAUCUUUAUUGAGCCAAAGAGCACCCUCUCCUCCUAUGUCACAGGUGUUUCAAACUCGAGCAGCGUCAGCAGACUAUCUUCAUCCAAGGAUACCAUCACCAAUUGGUUUCCCAUCAGGACCCCAGCAGCUACUUGGAGAUCCAUUCCAAGGCAUGCGCAAGCCCAUGAGCCCUGUCACAGCCCAGAUGAGCCAGCUAGAAUUGCAGCAGGCUGCCUUGGAGGGGCUGGCCCUCCCACAUGACCUUGCAGUACAGCCAGCAUCCUUCUAUCAGCCUGGUUAUAACAAACCACAAGUGGAUAGAACCAGAGAUGGACUGAGAAACAGGCAACAGCGAGUCUCAAAGUCACCAGCACCCAUGCACCGAGGAAAUUCCUCUUCCCCAGCUCCUGCUGCGUCCAUCACAAGCAUGCUUUCUCCUUCCUUCACCCCUACCUCAGUGAUUCGGAAGAUGUAUGAAAGCAGAGAGAAAAGCAAGGAGGAAAUAACACCUGGAACAGUGGUUCCUGGAGAUGCUAAAGAAGAUACUCAGAAGGCCAGUGAAGAGAACCUGCUGUCAUCUAAUCCCAUGCCCAAUAAUGAUCAAGACUCUUCUCCUUCGACAAAUCCUAAACUCUCGACAUCACAGUGGUCUUCGUGCUCCACUCCACUGUCCCAGAACAACCGUUAUACCAAAGAGCAAGAUUACCGACCUAAAGCAGCCGGGAGAAAAACACCCACCUUAGCACCCCCAGGUCCAGGAACACCUUUUCUUCGCCCUCCCCACCAAGUUCCCCUGGUCCCUCAUGUUCCUAUUGUUCGGCCUACUCACCAGCUUCACCCAGGGUUAGUCCAAAGGUUGAUAGCCCAAGGAAUACAUCCACAGCAUCUUCCAAGUUUGCUCCAAGCUGGUGUGCUUCCCCCUGGGAUAGACGUGGCUCCUUUACAGGGGAUAUCUGGCCCACUUCUGGGACAACCCUUGUACCCUUUCUCUGCUGCUAGUCACCCUCUCCUAAACCCUCGCCCUGGAACCCCUCUGCACCUGGCAAUGAUGCAGCAGCAGCUGCAGCGCUCAGUUCUGCAUCCUCCAGGCUCUGGUUCCCAGGCAGCAGCUAUCAAUGUUCAGACUCCUAAUGUGCCCAGCAGAUCAGGCCUGCCCCACAUGCACUCCCAGAUGGAGCAUCGUACCAGCCAAAGGAGCAGCUCCCCUGUGGGCCUUGCAAAAUGGUUUGGCUCAGAUGUGCUACAGCAGCCUCUGCCCUCUAUGCCCACCAAAGUCAUCAGUGUAGAUGAACUGGAGUACAGACAGUGAGCGGGACAGACAAGCUUACCCAUCUGGACCUAUGGUAGCAUCCUGGCCAUGAUGCUCAUUCCCUAUCUUUAUGGGCUUUUACAUUGGAGCACAUUGUGAAGGGACCCACAUACCUACCGUGAUCUACAUUAUGAGGUUGUCAACCAAUCAAAUGGAGCUUACAUGGUCCAAAUACAAGGGACACAAUAUUAUCAAUCCUUGAAAUCUUUCUUUUAUAAAAUAUGUGAAUGAAGUGUUGGUGUCUUCUAGAGGUGACACCUAAGGGUUCUGAAAAAAAAAAUGUAUAGACCCUUAUGUACAGACCUGUGUAUAAACUUUUGUACAUACGUAUAGGAUAGCUUUUUUGAACUUAUACAGCUGUACAUAAAGUAGCUAUUAGUUAGGCCUGUGUCAACUGUUUGGAAUUUUUUUCACUUGUAUAUUUGGGACUUUUGAUUUAUUAAAAGUUGCAUAUGCCACGUGUGUGAACAAAAUGACUGGUUCUGUGUUUAUUUCCUCCAUGAGUCACUUGUUUCUAACACUUCAGUGCCACAUCCUUAGUAGUUUCUCUUUCACAUUCUGACUUACAAGUUCUAUACUUUUCCUGCAUGUAAAGUUCCCAUCGCAUUAGUUUAAGUUGGGCUAAACCUCAAGGAUAUCAAUAUUUACCCUUUUCAAAAUCAAAUUGACCACAUGAAAAUCUGUUGGGGAAAUCAUGUAUGUGAUAGUUUCUCUGAAACUUACUAUUCCACCUUGUUAAUUCAGUUUAACUCAAUUUUGACCUGUUAAUGUCUGGUCUUUCCCUUGCCUCUGCUUUGUUAGCACCUCCUAUACUGUAUCUAGUCUUUCCACACAAAAUUUUUACUUAGAAUCUAAAGUAUUAUAUAAAUUGUAGGAAAAGCCUUCUGAAGGAUAGUGUUAUCCUGAUGGUUUUUCAGUCCUAAACUUUUUUUUUUAAAGAUUUAUGUAUUAUUAUGUAUACAAUUAUGCCUACAGGUCAGAAGAGGGCACCAGAUCUCAGUACAGAUGGUUGUGAGCCACUAUGUGGUUGCUGAGAAUUGAACUCAGGACCCCUGGAGGAGCAGUCAGUGCUCUUAACCUCUGAGCCAUGUCGCCAGCCCUAAACUUAGGAUAUAGACUGUGGCUCUCAACUCUGUUAGAUUUUGUCUAAUACAACCUGUGGCUCCCAAGUCUUGAGUCUCAGUGAUACUGAUUAUAAUCCUUCAAUUGCCUACUCUCAGAGGACAAGAAAGUGGUUGCCUUUCAACAAAACCUGGCUGUGAAUUAAGUAUGAGGGCAAUCUGCUACUUCUAAAUUAGGUACCCUCACCGACUGAGAAACUCGGUGUGUAGACAGACAUGUGAGCCAGGAGUGCUGGGGUGAGGUAAGGAAGAACUGUCCACAGGGAAUUACUCUGCAGGCUAAAGCUGCUGGAACAGAUGAGACAAAUGAAGGCACAGACUAACUGGCACGGUAAAAGCCCACAGGGAACAAGCAAGAUUCAAAGUAUAAAGAAGUGAGAUAGACAGCCGUUAACACUAUAUUAACGCCCUGCGGUGGUGGCGCACGCCUUUAAUCCCAGCACUUGGGAGGCAGAGGCAGGCGGAUCUCUGUGAGUUCGAGACCAGCCUGGUCUACAAGAGCUAGUUCCAGGACAGGCUCCAAAACCACAGAGAAACCCUGUCUCAAAAAAAAAAAAAAAAAAACUAUAUUAACUGGAGAAAAGUGGGAGAAUCGUAAGAAUUCAAAAUCAGCUCUUAGGUAGUGAGGUUCAAGGCCAGUUUUGCCCACCUGAAAUGUAGUCUCAAAAAAUGGAGAAAAAAGUCUUCUAGCAGGUAAGAACCUUAGAGAAAAGUAGGCAGAAAUGCAUGGGGCAAAAGAGAUCAGAUAUCUUAGCCAGAAGUAUGCCUCAUACAUGUAACCCAAUUACUCUAUAAGGUUGAAAUGAGGGAUUAUCUGCAGCUCAAGGUAGACAUCCAGAGAUUCCAGUUGGGGAAAAGAGUCUUUGGAGCAACAGUGUGGUCAUCUGGCAUGCAUAACUGACUUUAGAAGCAUUUGAGACUAGGAAGAUGUGGAAGGUUUAAGAGAAGCUGAAAGUGUGAGAGAAGCACACUA